UUACAACGAAGACCCUGUUAUUUAUAUGAUAUAGACUGUCGUACAUUACAACCUUUCGACAUUCAGGGUAACACUAGAGCAUUUUAAAGCGAAUAUCUUGCAUAAUCAGCAGCUUACAGCUAUCUGAUUUACAUUUUAUCUAUUUCAUAAUCAUUUAGUCGUAUUUAAUCCAAACGAUAGUUAUAGAAGAGUUUGAUAAAUUCGAGAUGGGCGGGGGUAGACUAAAGAAGGAUUUCACUUCUUUGAAUAGAAGAAAACGACCUACAGGGUUUCAAACAAUGAAUAAUCUUCAUCAAAAUAAACGUAUAAAAGAGGAUAAUCAAAGAUCAAUACUGGAGCCAAUAAGGCAUUCGCCUAGCUCGAUCCCAAUACCCAUUCCUACUUCACGACCUUUGAAGGAGAUUUUCACCAACUCGGAGCGACCAAGACUGUCGCAUGAAGGGCCCUUAUCUCAUCCAGUUACGGCGCCCAAUAGUCCUGUUGAAUUCAACAGUGGCAGCGAUGUCUUUAGUAAAGACAGACGGUUCACCCCUGAACCCAAAAGCUGGGUAUAUAUGCCUCAUAAAUCACUACAGCAUCGUCAUUCUAAGAAACUGGACCACGUUUUGAAUGCUUUUUCAACCUCGAUCGAUAUCACUAAAAAUCAGUUGGAUUCUACUCCGAUUGUCUCUCUACAUUUGGAUUCAAUAAACUUUAAUGGGAUUUUAUUCGAUACCAGCGACGGCGAUUUAGCAUUAAAUGUUUCUAGGGGUUUCCAGUUUCUUUAUCUAACUAGAAAACAGAUGAUUAUAAAUAAUUUGGUUAUUGAAAAAGCAAAACAUUUAGAAAGUUUGAAUUUUAGUACAACCAAGCGCUCUAUUUUAAUUGAGUUGAAGAAAGAUUAUGGUUACAUUCAAGUUCAAUACUCUCUGGAUGAUUCACAAUUGUUCAAUUUUUUCCUUCUACAAAAACAAUGGAACGUUAAACCAAGUCCUAGAAUUGAUAAUGAUGAAUUACUACACCGCAUGAAUGAGAUCGAUUCUUCACGUCCUCAAACUUCGAAAACAGACCAAUCGCCGAAAUAUCGAGAAGCAAAUGACCCAAUCCGACCAAGAACAAGAGCACAUACCAACAAAUUACUUCCGGUUACUUCUGAAAAUCCCGAUGGUACAGUAUCAAUAUUAGAACCAGGAGAAUCGGUAAAUAAAGAAACCGUUGUACAUCCAGCAGAAAUCCCUGCUCCUUUUGAUCCUGAGUUAAAGCAUAAAUUCUCAGGAAAUAAAACUUUUAUAAUCACUUAUUCCGAUUUCAAGACAUUAUACAAUAACGAUUGGAUAAAUGAUUCUGUCAUCGAUUUCUUCAUUCAAUAUGAAAUCGAGAAGGCAAUAUAUGAUCGCAAGCUUUUCAAAGAAAGCGAAAUAUAUGCUUUCAACUCGUUUUUUUUCACUAAACUAAUGUCAAAGUUAGAAGGUCAAGAAAAUGUUAAUUACUACGGUAAUAUCAAACGCUGGUUAAGUAAACUUGAUUUAUUGUCUUUUCCUUAUGUCAUACUUCCAAUUUGUGAAAAUAUGCAUUGGUAUUGUUGUAUAAUCAAAGGUCUUCCAAACCUCUUAAAUAAUCCUCAAGUACCUAAGGAUGAAUCACUAGAUCAAAACGGAAAUGAUCAAGAGGAUAAUGAAAACGACGAUUCUUUGGAUGAUUUGAAUUCGGAUCCUAUAGAAGAUCUGCAACAAGAUGAAAAAUCCACUGAUCCUGAUUAUAAUGACUCAAAAAGUAAUUCUUUGCCAUCCAAACAUUCAAGCUCGAACUUGAAUGCACCACCAAAGAAGAAAUAUGUCAUGGAAAUAUAUGUUUUCGAUUCCUUAAGUCAAAAACAUACUAAUAUUGUUAGACCGUUGAAAGAAUUCAUUGUUGAAUACUGCAAAGACAAGCAUAAUCUUAGGGUAGAAAAGGAGCAAAUAAGAAUAAUUGCCGCAAAGGUCCCAAAGCAAAACAAUUUUAAUGAUUGUGGGAUUCAUGUUAUUUAUAACGUUAGAAAAUGGUUAAACGAUGCAGAGAAAUGUGAACAAGUUUGGAGGUGUAAAUCUAAAUAUCUUAUAAAAAGUUUCUUUUUAUCUGCCGAAAGAAAUAAUAUGAGGAAAGAACUCAUCGACACCCUUUUGGAGCUACAUGACAAACAGGACUUCGAAUUGAAAGAGAAGAAAAAUAGCCCGGAAGCAGAUAAUUCAAAGAACAAUGAACCUUCUGAAGAUGAUAUUGAAGUGAUUGAGUAUAAGCCUGGAAAAUCAGUUGAGACCGAAGCAGACAAAAAAGAAACCUCUUCAAAUAAUAGCAUUCCAGCUUUUACUGACCCAAAGAAAGAUGAUAUCCUUAAAACUACUUCGAAAGAUUCUCCUACUAAAAAGCCCUCAUCAUUAUCAGCAUCAAAAUUAACCAGCUUUGAUAAUGAUAGCGCUACACAGAUGGUCCCAUCCUCGGAACUAGAGAAUAAGUCUUUGCGAGAGUUAUUCAAUAACCAAAGUCUUCAACUUCGGAAUUUGAGGUUGUUCAAUUUGAUUUUUGGACAGAAAUUUGAUCAUUUUAACAAAUAUCAAGGUCAAUUAAUUCUAGAUCUUGAAAAGGCGCUCGAACCAGCUCAAGAUGUUUCUCAGAGAGAAAAGAAGAUAGCUCAUUUCAAAAUAACAUUCAAUGCUUUAGGUGGAAGAAAUGACCCUAGAAUUAACACCAGGCCACUGGAUGAAUCUUUAGUUAUACAGCAUAGAGAUGACUCGAGUGAUGAUCUUAAUAGAAGUGUUCAUAACUUAAGAAUAUCGCCUUCCCUGCCUUCUGAUACACAAUCAAAAUCACAUCUUGACUUAACAAAACGAGAUAAUCUUGAAGGUAGAACUCUCGAUCCCAUGAAAGCUCUGCUUAUUCCAGUGAGCCAAGUCGUUCUGAAUUCAACAAAGAUCGAGGGAAUCAAUAAUAAUAAGUUGGUGAACUCAAAUAGUGAACACCAAAGAUUUUCCUCAGACUCACAAAAUCAACUGAAGAUGGAGAUUGAUUCUUCUGGGCUGUUCGAUUUUCAACCAAGACUGAAACCACUGCUUGAGACAGUGGAUAUUGAAAUGAAAGACAUUCUUGAUGACGAAAUUUCGAGACAGAGCCUUUCACCUAAAGUCAUAUCGAGUGGCGUUUCCAAGCCGAUUACAAUUAAGGAUCAGCAAAAGAGCUCAGCUGAUGAACCAUCCCCCAUUUUUGGUAAGAAAGACUCUAUGGUUGAAUCCACUCCAAUGAGGAAAAAAUCCUCUGAAGAUGUGAAGACUCUCAAUGUCGAAUCAGUAAAAGAAGAAAGUGAUAAAGCUAUCAUGCCAGAGAAACUGAAGUUGGGGUCCAAUGGAACGGGUACUGAUGAAUUAGAAGAAAUAUCAGAAAAACGUUUUAACAUGCGCAAAAGCCCCAUACCUAACAAUGACCUAGUUGAGCUGACUAUACAAACCUUAUCCCAUAAUAAUAACUCUGGGUUGAAAAAAGAUGUUUUAGAUGACUCAAAAAGCUCCAAUAUUGAAAGGUACAACAAGGACAACCAAGAUCUCAACCCAACUCGUAAAGGCUCUGACAUUUCCCACUCUCGAGGAUCUGAAGAUAAACCUGGGAAAAUGGGCAUUUCAGAAAGCCUAAACACUAUUUCAAACUUGAACCCAGUGCUAAGCCUGGGCAAUAGGGUUGAAUAUACUGAAUUCGAUCUAGAAAAUGAAGUACACCCACUGAAAAUUGAUUCGAAUGAAGCUUAUUGGUCAAAGGAACUAAAUCAUAAAGAAAGCAUUGAUAGUCAAAGCCCUUCUACUUCUGUUACAGGUGUUGACAAAAAAGAAGCAAAUUUUUCUAUGGAUUUAAAUGGAGAUCACAAAGUUUAUAUACCACAACAAAAUGAUGGAGUAUCAAAAACGGAUCUGCCACCCAGGGGCAAAAGUGAAAAUGUUUUCCGUUCACAUCCUAACAGAGUACAAUCUAAUGAAACACGACUUGAAAAAACUAGAGAGCAUAGCAGAAGGUUCAAUGAAUCCCAGAGACUUAAAUCGUCCUCUGGUCAAGCUCUGCACGCAGCUAAUAUAUUUUCGUUAUUUCGAACAGAUCACCUUCCAGAAAAACCCAAGGUCUAUCGACCCUCAUCGUCUCCAGCUGCUUUAACUAGAUCAAUACCUUUUGGAACAUACAACCCGUUUGAACUCAAAUCCUCGCAAAAUAAUGGAAGGCGUAAUCAUCACUCUAAUCGGGGUUCAAAUAGUUCCACUGAGGCUUUUGAAGAUUCAAGAUCUGCUUCUCAUACUAAGGAAACAAAUACUUCGAAAGGCUCCCAAAAACGACAAAAAAAAACUUAUCCUUUGAAGCGUUCGGAGCCUUUUAAUUUUAGGAAGAGAACAAAAGAUAUUGACCAGAGACUUGAUCAAGAUUCACAAACUAUAAAAUCCAUGAGACAUUCGGAAGCUCACGAAGCAAAAUCUAAUCUGGAAGGUGAGCUAUUUAAAAAUUCAAAUACUUCAUUGCCGCAAUCAGUGGCAGAAAAGAAAACUCCUACAUUGAAGGAAUUAUGGCGAAAAGCCACUCCGGAAUUCACCCGUAAAGUGCUAGCAGAAAGCACAAGGGACGCAAAUGGUGGUAGUAGAAUGGCGCAAGUAAAACAAGACGUGUCAGAUAAAUCGAACAGCUCUUCAUCAAGCCUCAAACUUCAUGAAAAUCCUGACACUGAAGUUGAUAACAGUGAAAGCAACACUAAACUGAUAGGAGGUGACUCAUCAAUAUCAGCAACGAAUACCGAUUCUGAUGUUGAGAUUGAAAUUGAAAUGAUGGCAGACCCAUCUGUCCCUGAUCAAAAUGAUGAUUUGAGAAGAAUACACACAAUAUAUGACGGGUCUCCAAGACCUAGGGCCAGACAACUCAGGUUUUUGAAAAACUUACCACAAGUUCCUACUAUUGCAGAAUUUGAUUUAUCUCGUGCAAAGAACAAGGAAAAGGAUGAACAAUCAAAUAGGAUCAUGAGUGACCACAGCAGAUCUUCCAGGAAGAAGACACCGCCUACAGAAAAGCCUAAACCGGUGCCUAUUAGGAUCGAGUCGCCUGAUACUAAACGAACUCACCAAACCUUAUCUCGAGUGAGAAGAACACCACCUAGUCGCGAAAUUCAUGAUGUGGACAACGACUUAAAUUACAUUGAUCUUGCUUCAGAUGCUCUCACGGAUAUUGCCGAUGAUGAAGAGAUCGAUGUUCAAGUUCUAUCGAGUAGCGAUGAAGAAGAAUCUAAAAGAUUCAGACAGUUGAAACAUCAGAAUACCAAUAGAAACACAACCGAUGAAGAUCAGCACGGGCCUAAUUAUGAAAUAAUCGAUGGUAAUGAAAGUGGAGGAAUCCAGCAUUUAGACUCGGACUAUUCAUCCGGUAACGAUAGAAAUACCAGAAGUCAAACCUCUAGGAAAGAAAAGAGAAAUAAUGACAAACAAACAUAUGUAAUUCAUUCUAAUGGGAAUCACCAUACAAUCUUCACUCCAAUUCAAGUAUCAGAUUCUUCUGAUGACGGAUAUGAAGGAGUUCAUGAAAUUCAGUCUUCGCCGUUGAAAGGUCCUUCUGUCAAUAAAGUGACUUCGAAGGAUCCCCCUUCUAUUAAUGAAAGGAGAGCUAAACUCAAGAAACGGAGAUUAAACAGAAAUGGGUUCCAAUAAUUUGAUCUACAAACUUAAUGCACAUAAACAAAGUUGUCAACGGAUACAGCUUUGAUUCACAAUCUAACAGAACGCAAUAUUGUACACCAAAGUAUCACUUAUCAUAGUAAUAACCCUCUUUGUAGCUUUAGUAUGUAUUGAUUUUUUGCAAUCGG